UGAAUUUGAGUAAAGCUGGGCAAACAAUUAAGAACCAUGUAAAAGCAGGCAAUUAAUGGCAGCUACAGCAACAACAACAACAUGAUACCCUGGAUGCGCGACAAGUUCAAUGAGAAGCGCGCCAAGUGGUUAGCACGCAACAAGCAGCGGCACAGCAACGAAACCGAAAUCAGUGAAACAAGUUCCACAACACAACGCACAGCGAGUAGCGGCACUGGCACUGGCAGUGGCAGCGGCAGCGAUGCCGGCAGCAGUCUCAGUUUGCGCAGCGGCGCUUCCAGCAGCCUCCAGGUACAUCAUCAUGUCGAGACCCAAACGGAUGGCAGCGGAGCUGGUGCCGGUGGCGGGGGUGUUUGCAUAUUGCGUACUCCCUCGCCAGCGAGAAGGAGACGGAUACAGUUGGAGUUGCAGUUGCAGCAGCAGGAAGCAGCAACAAGGAAGAAGGAGAAAGCGGAGCAGGCGAAUACUUUGUUUCUCAGAAAAAACAAUGCUCGCCUGAGCACGGCUUCGGCAACGAUUGUCUCGGAUCCGGAUGCGUUGGUCAAAAUUGGGGAGACGAUCACAGUGCGUGUCAUUUGCCCCAGUUCCCGUGUGCUCAUCUUCAAGACGGACAUGAACAAGCGUCUCAAUGAUCUGAAAAGUGAGGUUAUCCUGGAGUUGAGCGAUGAUCCCGAUUCGAUACAGUUAUUUGCGCCCGAUGUGCGUCAUCUGAAUCCACGCUAUCGAUUGUAUCGAGCCGAGUACUUUGGCAGUGAACUGAAUGAAUCACAGACGCUCGCCCAGCUGCAUGUGCGCCACAACGAGACCUUCAUCUUGUCACCGAAACGGAAUACCCUGUCGCAAGCGGUGACACGCACCCGCGAGGUCCCCGGACCCAAUGAUGCACUCGUCGACAGUGCGACGAGAUUUGUGCCUAACAACACCUGCACGCUGCCCAUCAUCGACAUCAAUGAGAUCUUUCAGCAAUCGAAUAUUCAAUAUGAUGUGCGCAAGGUGCUCAUUUCGCUGGCGCAGGCAUCGGCGGCGAUUAUUGGCGCCGGUCCGUUUGCGCCGCGUUUGAUUAGCAUGCUGAAGCAGCGACUGGUGAAUCGGCGUAAUCAUCAGGCGGAUACGGUGCAGUGUCUCGUCGAUAUGGGCUUCAAUCGGCAGAUUGCUGAAAAUGCGCUGCACUCGAACAAUGGCGUCUACUCGACCACUUUGGAGUGGCUCAUCCAGAAUCAGCGCGAGGAGGAGGAUCCGCAACAGCAACUGGAUCAGACUUUGCCCACGUUGCAGCGCAGCUUCUCAUCCAUUUCACCCUCAACCAUUCUCACCGAUAACGAGUCGAUUGAGAACACUGCUGCUCUGCUGCAAAUUGUGCGCAUUUAUAGUCAUCGCGAUACGCCGCCAAAUGAGGAGAUUGUCGGGGCUCUGACGGACAUGGGCUUCGAUGAGGCAGCCGUUUUGUUGGCCCUGCGCAUGACGGGCAACAAUAAGGCUUCAGCCUGCGAUUGGCUAUGCGAGAAUCGUUCGGCAAGCGUCAUCGAGCUGCGAGAGGGUCUCUCUCCAGACUCACCCAUACUCAAAGUAAUACUUGAAAUGCCGCAAGUCCAAAUGACACUCAGCAAUCCUAAGACCUUUUUGGCCUUUUUGGCCAUCUUGGAGAAUGAGAAUGCGAUACGCGUUUGGCGUGGCGACAAUGAUACCACCUCGGUUAUCACACAUAUCCUGCAGAAGUACCACGAGGAGAAGCAUGUGAUGGGCAUCAAUCAGUUCUACUUGAAUCGCUGGUAGACGGCGAACAAAUGUGGCCUAAAUAAUUGAGAUUAACCAAAUUCUAUUUAUACAUAGCAUAUACACAUUCACAAGAUCAUAUAUACAUAUACAU